GCCUGUUAGAACGCUCCAGGCCACAUUCAUCGUAGGUAUUUGGUGAAACGAUUCCGAACUAGGCCCUAAUAUGGCCACGAGACAAAUCUCGUGUUUCUCCCAUAUGUGCUUUUUUCUGCUACUUCUAUUUAAAGCGCUACAACCGGGUCUCGCUGCCCGCCCGUUACUUGUGUUUUUGCUCGACGGCUUUCGUUAUGACUAUAUAGAUGAACUACAUAAACUUCCGGGGUUUCGCGAGCUCGUGGAGAGAGGAGUGAAGGUGGACUACAUGACUCCAGAUUUUCCGAGUCUGUCAUUCCCAAAUUACUAUUCCUUAAUGACAGGCCGUCACUGCGAGACCCAUCAGAUGGUUGGAAAUUAUAUGUGGGAUGAAGUCUUAGACAAAGAGUUCCUUAUUGGGACCAAUUCUGAUAGUCGGUUGCCUCUUUGGUGGAAUGGAUCAGAACCUCUCUGGGUCACCAUGCAAAACCUGGGAAAGAAAGUUUUCAUGUACUUCUGGCCUGGCUGUGAAGUGGAAAUUCUGAAUGUCCGUCCAGCGUUCUGCAAAGAAUACGUUAACAGUCCAUCAAAAGAAGAUCUUAUAGAUUCGAUAACCAGUUCACUUGCUGCCUUGAGUUCAGGAAAAGCAGACAUGGCAGCUGUUUACUAUGAGAAAAUAGAUGUGGAAGGACAUCACUUUGGUCCAGAGUCUCCUCAGGUCAAAACAGCUGUGCAACACCUCGAUCUCACCAUGCAGAUCCUGAACCAAAAAAUCAAGGACAGCAACCUGGAGAAUCAGCUAAAUGUGAUGUUAUUUUCAGACCAUGGUAUGACAAAGAUCAAGUGGAUGGAGAAGGUGAUAGAACUGGACAAAUAUAUAGACAUGUCAGACAUUGUGAAGAUGAUGGAUAGAGGACCAGUAGUCAGCCUGUGGCCUAAAAAUACCACAUACCAAAAGCUUGAGUUCAGCAGUCUGACGGCUGAAGGGAAGAAACUGUUCCUCGGCCUGGUGGUUUUGCUCUGGAUGUUUCUCAGCCUCCUGCCUGAGGGGAGCAGCUGGAAGAGUCUGUGUGCAGGAUGGGUGGAGUCCUUCAUGAUGAGGAGCGCCCUCCUCCUGCACCGUGAUUUGUGGAGGGAAGGCUGCUCCCUACUGUCUUCUGUGCAGUAGUAACCACCUUCCUCAGAGCCAUCCUCUGCGCAGCAGUGCAGGUGUAGAGGAUGUUCUCCACCACACAGCGAUAGAAGCUCCUCAGGACUAAGUUCCCAAGUCCAACUCUUCACAGCUUCCUGAGGAAGUAGAGACACUGGUGGGCCUUCCUGACCAGACGGGAGAUGUUGGUACUCCAGGUGAGGUCACUGAAUAUAUGCACACCCAGGUACCUGUAGCUGGAGACCACCUCCACAUCUGCUUCUCCGAAGUACAAGGGCUGAAGAGGAUCCUUGUCCCUUCUGAAGUCCACCACAAUCUCUUUGGACUUCUGCACGUUGAUUCAGAGGUUAUUUUCUCUGCACCACGUCUUCCACCUCCUCUCUGUAUUUGGACUCAUCACCGUUCAUGAUGCGUCCCACUACUGCUGUGUCGUUGGCAAACUUCAUUAUAUGACAGCUGGGGUGUCUUGCCAAGCAGUCAUACGUCAACAGAGUGAAGAGGAGGGGGCUCAGCAAGCAGCACUGCGGCAAGGCAGUGCUGAGGGGGAUGGAGGAGGAAACGGUGUUGGAGGACUCAGAUCCUGACUGAGGUCUGUUGGUCAGGAAGUCCAGAAUCCAGUUCCCUAGUGUGGAACUCAGUCCAAGAGAGGAGAACUUCUGUACCAGGGUCUGUGGGAUGACGGUGUUGAAGGCUGAGGAGAAAUCCAGAAAGAGCAGACGGAUGUAGGAGUUCCUGCUCUCCAGGUGAGGGCUGUGUGGACCAAAGAUGAGAUGCCAUCAGCAGGAGAGCAGUUCUUCCUAUAGGCAUACUGAGGGGGGUCCACAGUGACGUCGAUGGAGUCCUUAAUGUGAUUCAUGACUAGCCUCUCGAAGCACUUCAUGACUACUGAUGUUAAGGCUCAUCACUGUGGAGCAUUUGGGGACAGAGACAAUAGUAGCGGUCUUUAAGCAGGUGGGCACAGAUGACAGUGACUGUGAGAUACUGAAGAUGUCCGUAAACACCUCAGACAGUUGAUGUGCACAGUCCCUCAGUACUUGUCCUGGGAUGUUGUGGGGGCCACAACAUUACAGGGGUUGAUUUCCUGGAGAGUCUUCUUCACAGCUGCUAUGGUCACACAGAGAGGUGUCACCAGGUGGUGGCACACUAAACAAAAUGGGGCUUCAUGGGUGGAGGUUAAGGAAGACCCCAUUGCUGAAGAAAAGACAUAAAAGAAAACGCUUUAUCUUUGUGAAAGAGAACUUGGACAAACCUCAAGCCUUCUGGGACAAUGUUUUAUGGACAGAUGAAACAAAAGUGGAGCUUUUUAGUAAUUCACACAAACAGUAUGUUUACAGAUGGUGCAAUGAAGCCUUUAAGAAAAGAACAUCAUACCAACAGUCAAGCACGGUGGAGGAUCCAUAAUGCUGUGGGGCUGCUUUGCAGCAUCUGGUACUGGAGGCCUUGACUCAUAUAAGAAGAUUAUCAAUGUCAAGUUUAAUUGGCACACUCAACACUUUUGAAUGUAUUCACCAUCUUCACCCAACUGGCACACACAUCAUAUAGAAUCAAAUGCACCCAUCCCUUUCACUGCUCAAGCUCAGCAGCCAGAUCUAUAUGGUAACCUGGCACACCUGUGCUCACACAAUGAUCUCUCUUCAGACAAAGGACCUCAACUGAAAGCUUCCUCAAAGACAUCACUGGUAAGAAAUGGACAUUGCUCACAUUUUACAUGAUUCAGAUUGGAUUCAGAAGACCAAAAUAGAUUUAGUUUUUUGGCUUCUCUGUGACUACUUAUGUGACCAUGUUGCUUGUUCAUAUGCGGCCGAUGAGCUUCAUCUAAAGAAAAGAUGAAUUAAAGAUGUCACUGAGAUGAGUUGUUUCUGCUUCUCUUUGGAGGAAGCAUACCUUUUCAACUUUUGGCAAAAGCUGAGGUGGCUUAAGAGAGUAAAAACAGCCAAGCAAUUCUAGAGUCUUGCCCAGUGUAAGGAAUCUAGUUUGAGGCAAAGAUCCUGGAUCCUCCAGCAAGAUAAAAACCCAAAGCACACCUCCAAAAACAUGCAGAAAUUGCUCAAAGGGAAAGAUUGACUGUUUUAAAAUGGCCAGCAAUGAUUCAAUUGAAAAUCUUUGGGUGGAGCUGAAAUCUGCCAUCGGAGAAAGGAACCCUGCAACUGUACAAGAGCUUGAGCAUGUUGCAAAGGAAGUGUGGGAGAAAAUACCUGCUGAGAAGUGCAAGAAGCUUAUCCUCCUGAGACCCAGAGGAAAAAAACGUUUUUGAAUUUCGUUUUUUUUUUACACUACAUGACUCUUUGGAGUGAAAAAACAUCACUACAAUUGAAACAUCCCUGAAACAUGUUCUUAUUUAUUUUUUAGAGUAUGUCCUUUGGAGAGGACAUCGGGACUCUCUUGUGGCAAA